UGAGGUUGAGCGUAUUAGUUUUGCUUGAUACGUCUCAGAGUUACGUUGGUGAAUCGGUCCCGCAGAUUAUGUGAAAGUGAUUCUAUUUACUGGUAACUAUGCCGGUUCCAUGUGUUUUUCUCCAUCAAUAUGAGAUGCUGCAGUUUUUGUCAUUCAUUACGUUUCUAAACUGAAUAGUGAAUACACUCCAUUGCAUUGAUAAGAUAAAUACAAAGUGCAGUGAUCUGUGUGCUCUAAAUAAAUUGAGCGGAUUCCACCCCAAACAAGCCUCUAGUUGUUCUUGGAAAUAGUUUCUUCGGGAUUCAGCACAAACGGUGACCGUUCACGAUGAUCAAAUAAUAAUCGUAAACACAGAAGAAACAUACGGUUUAGCGUCGAAUACUCUUAUCGCAUUAAACUUUGAUCAUAUCAGAGGGUCUAAUCUAUUGCCUACAUCAAAAUUCCAUUGCGUGGCUGAUUGAUACACUCACUGCUAAUUGGGAAGUGCUAGAAGGAAAUUCAAAAAAUGGGCAACAUAGAGGUCGACAAAAAGCUGCUGCCAAUGAAGGCGCACUAUUUCCUAUUCAAUGCAGGAACUGCGCCGGUUGUUCCGUACAUGCCGACCCUGGUACGACAACUGGGGUUCUCAACUGUCAUAGUGGGGACCAUCUACACCGUGCUGCCAAUCGUUGGUAUGCUGGUGAAGCCGCUGUUCGGCAUUAUUGCCGAUAGAUUCCAGCGACAAAAGUUACUGUUUUUGCUGUUCCAGAUCCUUUCGGCAGUUCCAUUUUUUCUGAUCAUGUUCAUACCGGCAAUACCUCAGGAAUCGACAGUCUCAUUUCAUUGUCACGAGGGUGCCUCCGAUCUAAGAUAUUGCCCUCCGAACGGUACCUCACUCGACAGUUGCCUUACCGAUGGAAUAGUGAACGACUCUACAAGUAAUUCAACUAUUUUAAGCUGCCAGAUGGAUUGUAAGACGGAACCAUGGAUGUGGGAUACAAUCUGUCAAUAUUGGAAGGUGGAGAAGUAUUGCGAUCCACAGAACAUACCAACGGAUAAUCAACUAAGACUGACGGGUCUGCUGCCAAUGAGCCACAUCGAGCAACUUGACAACUGCCUGUUCUUCAUGCUCAAAUCAGCCGAACUCGACGGCAACCAGGUGCCUUUGUACUGUCCUGCCAAUACUACCGAUUUUAGGACUAGCUGCCAAGUAACAUGUAAUAAUACCGAGAUCAUGGAAGCCAUCACAGAGACGAAGAUCAGUGACAGUGAAGCGAGAAAACUGUACCAGUUCUGGUUACUGUUCUUAUUUUUAAUCCUCAGCUGGGCCGGUAUGGCCGUUGUGGUUAGCGUUGGCGAUGCUAUUUGUUUCGACAUGCUAGGAGACAGACCCCAUUUAUACGGUAACCAGAGACUAUGGGGAUCGGUUGGUUGGGGGACGUUUUCGCUGCUGGCAGGGGUUCUGGUCGAUCACUUCUCGAAUGGAAAAGCAAGCAAAGACUACACCGUUGUAUUCUACAUGACUGUGAUUAUCAUUGCCGUUGACAUACUGGUUUCGUCAAAAUUGAAACACACUCAAACAAGACUGUCGACCAACAUUCUGCGGGAUGUGAGUCAAAUAUUUGUCUCAUUCAAGGUGGUGGUAUAUUUCUGCUGGUGCGUGCUGGUGGGUCUUGGUACAGCACUCAUUUGGAACUUUUUGUUUUGGCACCUGGAGGAUCUAGCCAGUCUGCAGGAAGGAUGUGGCCACACAACAUGGAUCAAAACGCUCGAGGGGAUCGUUAUGUCGAUUCAGUGCUUCGGCGGUGAGCUGCCUUUCUUUUUCCUUUCCGGAUGGACUAAGAAAAUUGGACACAUCCACGCGAUGAGUUUAGUGCUGUUGGGAUUCGGCGUACGAUUGCUGUAUUCACUUCUGGUCGAUCCAUGGUGGGUUAUUCCGAUCGAGUUCAUGAACGGCAUCACGUUCGGUCUUUUCUACGCCACUAUGGCUUCGUACGCCAGCAUCGUAGCACCACCGGGUACUGAGUCCACCAUGCAGGGUUUGGUGGGCGCGGUCUUUGAAGGAGUUGGAGUAUCACUGGGCAGUUUGAUAGCCGGCAAUAUGUUCGUCAAAGUUGGUGGUAGUGCGACCUUCAGAUGGUUUGGAAUUGCAGCAUUGCUGUUAUUCGUUGUGCAUGUUGUUAUCCAGUUUGUGAUGGAAAAACUGGGCCCCCGGGAUACUCGAAUAGCGUACACCACACCGGAGGACGCAUUGCACCAGUUAGAAGACGACCAACCAAUAGUUCCUUCGGAAAAAUAGGCAGCUGUCAUCAAUUAGGUAUAGAAUGCAACUAGUUGUAAUUGUUUCAUAAUUUUAUUGAUAUGAGAAUUAUUAUAUUUUUAAAUGUAUGUGUAAACUGGUACCACAAACAACGUGAUAAAAAUAAUAUUUGCGUUUUCUUUUUCUA